CAAUUCCGACUCCUCUGCUCUGACAAUCCAUCUACCACGCGUGCAAACUCCUCUUCUUCCACCUGCUCCUGCCUCCUGCGCCCCAAACCCACCUCGCCGUCGCCGUCGGCGCAGGCCGCAGCCUGUUCCCGGUUCCCGCCUCGCCGUCUACCGCGUCCCGCAGCAACGGAGCCGCGGCACCUCGGAUUCGCCUCAGCUUCCGCAAUACUCGCCGUCCUCCUGCUCCGCCGCCCCUCCCGUGUACUGGCGCUGGAGCUGCAGAUCCACCGCGACCUGGCGACCGAUUCCUCCUCGCGCUGAAGAAUUGGCGACCUUGGACUCCGCCCCCGGCGGCGCGGAGGGGGUCAACUGUGGUAGCAGCCACCGCGGAGGCUGCAAGCCUCCGGUAAGGGAGGGAAAUUGACUUCUUGGAAGCCGGAAGCCGGUCCCGGGCCGCGAUGGCGUCGAUCGGCGGCGGCGCGUCGUCGGCUGCCGCGAAGAACGAGUCCUACGUGCGCGCCGACAAGAUCGACCUCGAGAGCCUGGACAUCCAGCUGGAGAAGCAGCUGGCCAAGACCUGGGAGAAGCACAAGGGGUCGUACAACCAGGGGCCCAGGGAGGACUGGGAGAUCGACCUCGCCAAGCUCGAGAUUCGCUACGUCAUCGCGCAGGGCACCUACGGCACGGUGUACCGCGGCACGUAUGACGGCCAGGACGUCGCAGUAAAACUAUUGGAUUGGGGCGAAGAUGGCUUUGCAUCAGAAACUGAAACUGCCACACUGCGAGCAUCUUUUAAGCAGGAGGUUGCUGUCUGGCAUGAGCUCAACCAUCCAAAUGUUACAAAGUUCGUUGGUGCAUCAAUGGGUACUGCAGACCUUAAGAUUCCAACCAAUAGUUCCAACAGUGGUGGGCGCACUGAGCUGCCGCCAAGAGCAUGUUGUGUUGUGGUCGAAUAUCUUGCUGGAGGAACACUAAAACAAUAUUUAAUAAAGAGCCGGCGUAGGAAGCUUGCCUACAAAGUUGUUGUUCAGAUAGCACUGGAUCUUGCUAGAGGAUUAAGCUAUCUACACUCAAGAAAGAUAGUACAUCGGGACGUAAAAACCGAAAAUAUGCUGCUCGACACACAACGAAACCUUAAAAUUGCUGAUUUUGGUGUUGCUCGUGUUGAGGCUCAGAAUCCAAAGGAUAUGACAGGCGCGACAGGGACACUUGGCUACAUGGCCCCAGAGGUUCUUGAAGGCAAGCCAUACAAUAGAAAGUGUGAUGUCUACAGUUUUGGCAUAUGUUUAUGGGAAAUAUACUGCUGUGACAUGCCAUAUCCAGACCUCAGUUUUGCAGACGUCUCAUCCGCUGUUGUUCAUCAGAAUCUGCGGCCUGACAUCCCUCGUUGCUGCCCAAGCCCAAUGGCGAACAUCAUGCGGAAGUGCUGGGACGCAAACCCAGAUAAGCGCCCUGACAUGGACGAGGUGGUGCGGUUCUUGGAGGCCCUAGACACAAGCAAGGGCGGUGGCAUGAUACCAGAAGGCCAGGCAGGUGGUUGCUUGUGUUUCUUCAGAGCCCGUGGUCCUUAGAACCAACCCUGUCCAGCCCUCCUCUCCAUGCCUAUACCAUACUACAAAAUUGGAGCCAGAUCUAGGCCUUUAUUGCUCAUCGGAUAGUUGAUACCAAAUAGCCCCUUCACUGUGCUGAUUGCAGAUAAGUUGAUGACAAUCUUUGUGAUUGGUUGACACUCGUUAUAAGUUUUAUAGUGAUGUGAAUACCAGUCAGGAGUCCACAAUACAGAGGGUUUCAGCCAAUUCAUGGUUGCAUUCUCAUAAUGGUUUGUUUGUGGAAAUCACAUGAUGGGCCCUCGAGGAUGAACUGGGGAGAACAGGUUCCAUGCCUGUGAAGCGAUAUGUGAUAUUCCGAUCCA